AUGCUAGCAGCAACCUAUUGUCCCCCUAUCAACACUUCGAUGGGCACACUUUCCUCACCACCACCACCACCACUAUCUCCGCCAUCGGAAAAUGGUAGUCCACGCCAAGGUAUUUAUGUCGUGUUCUGCGCAAGAGAAUUUGAUAACUUUACGAGUUGGUUAUCUUGUUUUGAUACUUCUAAUGAGAUGUGGAAUCGCGUCAGUUCAAUUCCUGACCUAAAAGAAAAUCAUGUAUUAAAAGAUUUCGCUAUGAUGUCCAUGGGAGACUCAAUCUUCAUAAUUGGAGGGAGGUUAUGUCGGAAGGAGAGAAAAAUUCUUCGUAAUGCCAAUGGGUUGGAUGAAUUUUCCGAGAAAGAUGUACAAGUUCUUUCAACGGUGUUACGUUACAAUGUCAAGUCUGAUCAAUGGUCUUACGGUGCACCACUUAAUGUACCAAGAUACAACUUUGCUUGCACAGUAUGUGAUGACAAGAUUUAUGUCGCCGGAGGACAAUAUGAACUAAGUGCUCAAAGCACCUCGUCGGUCGAGGUGUACAAUCCCUCGCUUGAUGAGUGGACUUUAUUGCCAAACAUGAAUAGAUUAAGGUACAAAUCCGUCGGUGUAACAUGGCAAGGGAAAGUACAUGUUAUCGGUGGAUUUGUCCAUGACUAUAAUCUCGACCAACUUGUGACUUACAUAGGUCGUUGUUCUGCCGAAAUAUACAAUACUCAGGGCGAAAAAUGGGAUCUCGUGACUGGAAUGUGGCAAUUAGACGUACCGCCCAAUCAAAUUGUAGCUGUGGAGGGCAGAUUAUAUAGCUCUGGGGAUUGCCUUAAUGCAUGGAAAGGUCAUAUUGAAGCCUAUGAUGGAAACCUUAAUUUGUGGUACAUGGUUGAAGGUUCACAAAUCAAAGGUAUUUCUGGGGUUGGAGAGAGACUAUACAUAACAAUGGCACCAAUUGGGAGUCAUUUGUAUUUCUUAGCAGGUUACAAGAUUGUAGGAGAGACAUCAAGAACAAUUUCAGUUGUUCAAAGAUUUGACACUUCUGCAAGAGAAAAUGCAUGGACAAGCUUGGAGCCAAUGGAGGAUGAGGGAGAAAAAGAACUUUGCAGCCAUUGUUGUGUGGUCUCGUUUUCUUAG